AUGUCUAUCGGCCACCUAUUUCUGAAGCCUUCGAUUGGUGAUCAGAAGAAGCAAGGUUCUUCUGAGGAAUCUAAAGCGAUCAUCGACCAAGAAAACAGCAACAGCUCGAGAAUGAGUGCCACUCUGCAGCCCAAGAAUGAGACUAGUAAGCGAAAAAACAACCAAGGGCAGAAGAGGUAG